AUGAAUUCAAACACUGAGAACAAUGAGAACAGCAAGACAAAGGCAGUUGCAGAAAAGAUGAAAGCCACAGAUGACCAGGCACACAUGCAAGUGCAGAAAAUAAAAGACUCCAAGCUGGGAAAGCUUCUUCCAACAGAGUAUGAUCGCGUCUCUACAAAGCAAGUUGCGCUGAUAAGCUUGAUUUUAAACGCAGUUGUGGGGGUUUUUACGUAUGCGCUUUGCAUUGCGCUAUUCAGUACGAAUCCAAUGGCCAGCUUUGCAAAGUCCGCAUGGGGAAUAGUUUUGGGGAUUCUGUAUCUUUUAAGCUUUGGGCAUGAUCUAUUUGUCUAUUUGACAGACAAGGGGACUAUGCUUCUCUCCUUCUUAGGCCUGCGGGCUCUAAGUCUGUUGGGAACAAUCGUGGUGACUUUAUUCCUUUCUGGUGUUUCAGCAACUCUUAUGUUUAAGAGUUUCAUUAUACUGAUCAACAUAUUAGCCUGUGUGGCGUACAUGUAUAUAUUUUCAAUAUAUAUUUCGCACAUAAAGACAGGAGGGAGUGUGUCGGGUGACCACCAGGAAGUAUAG